UAACUGACUACUAACAAUUUCUAACAGAUUACUAAUAGCUACAACUGCUUAAUUGUUUUAACAAACUCUAACAGCUUUGGUUUUCCCAACAUUAAAUUGAAAGUGAAUGAGACCAAUACUGAUACAUCUCCAAAGUAUUGGACUUUGGUAUUGAGAUGAUUAUGGGGGUUCGAAGUAACCAAGCCAACAUAGAGUACGCGCCCUCCACAACGACUAGGAUUUCGAUGGCACGAGGGGUUGAAGCCACCAUUUGGUGCGUAGCUAAUGAGAUGUCAAGAGUGCCAAGUCUUGGCAUUUGGGAAAUAUUGACCGGAGUCGCAGUUGAUCCCUUUGGAUUUGAUGCGUUUCUAAAGUUGUUAAGCCCUGAGAAGAAGAAAUCUUCUGCUUUGGCAAGCCUUGGGUCCUUGCAGCACUUCCCAUUAUCAAGCACUGCAUGAAAAACAUGUUAUUUCCAUAUUAUGCCAUUUAAAUCUCAUAGAUUGUUUCAAAUAGUUUAAGAGCAACAGAUAAAAGAUUAGAUGCAUAGGCAAAUGGGAAAACCAUAGUCAAGAGAGAAUGCUAAGAGGAAAUGAGAAUAUCACAUCUCUGCUAUGGAACUAGUCAUUUCUGCCAUCCCUGUAGUACUUGAUUAAUUAGACUUGAUCCUUUUGGUACCUUGACUUCAGCAGAUAUGCAAGGAUGCUAAGGCAAUCCAGGCCAUACAAGAUACAAUUAAUAGUUAUUGUAAAACUUAGCAGCUGGGCAGAUUCCACAUGCUGCUUCUUAUUCAAAUCAUUUGUCCUUUUGGGUUUGGCUUCCAAACUUGCCUCAGCCUCUGAUCCCAGCCCUCUUCAGGAUUUCUGUAUAGCAGUUAAUGAUGCCAAAAAUGGUGUUUUCAUUAAUGGCAAGUUGUGCAAGGACCCAAAGCUUGCAACUCCAGAAGACUUCCUUUUUUCAGGGCUCAAUAUUCCAGGAAACACAUCAAAUCAAGUAGGAUCAAUGGUCACUCCAGCCAUUGUUUCAGGACUUAACACUUUUGGUAUAUCUCUUGUUCGAAUUGAUUUUGCACCGUACGUUGGUCUAAAUCCUCUUCAUACACACCCUCGUGCCACCGAAAUCUUAGUUGUUGUCCAAGGCACACUUUACGUCGGUUUUGUUACGUCAAACCCAUAUAAUCGUCUCUUCACCAAAGUGCUAUACCCUGGAGAUGUCUUUGUUUUCCCACUAGGUCUGAUUCACUUCCAGUUCAACAUAGGGCAUACCAAUGCGGUUGCCUUUGCUGCUCUCAGUAGCCAAAACCCGGGGGUCGUCACCAUUGCAAAUGCAGUGUUUGGCUCAGACGCGGAUAUCAAUCCUGAUGUUCUUGCCAAGGCCUUUCAACUGGACAAGAAUAUUGUUAACCAACUUCAAUCCCGGUUUUGGUCGGAUAACGACAAUAGGAAUUAAUGUUAACUUCUACAGCCCCAUCAAACUUAACUAUGUACCCAAUUCUCUGCUAUUGCUAAUUUUAUUUUACAUUUUAAUUCAAAUUUAAUUACUCUUUUUAA